AUUCCGCGUUACAUAAACAGUUACGCUACCCCGCGGUUUCGCCUUUUUUCUGUUCUUGACGAUGUGUGGGCGAUAAUGAACAAUACAGAACCUGUUUCGGGGUGGCUUUUUAAGUGGACGAACUUAAUUAAAGGUUACAAAAAGCGGUGGUUCCUAAUUCAAGAUAAUUUACUGAGUUACUAUAGAGAGCCAGAUGCAGUAGGAAGACAUUGUCGUGGAACUUUUGAUUUGUCUAAUGCACAUAUAUGUGCACCCGAAGCUCAAACAUCAUUCAUUCUUAUUGAAAGUUCGGGCAGGAAACACCAUUUGAAAGCUCUAACAGAGGAAGACAAAGAAAAAUGGGUUUCUGCACUCACAGAUCUUAUAUCUAGAUCUCAAAGCGUUCAGACAGAACUUGAAUCUGAUUACUCAGCGUUUAAUGUACCUCGAUCAGAAAGUGGAAACAAUCGUUCCCGAAAUUCUUUCAGAUUUAAUCUCAAGGGUAGAUCAAAACUCGACUUUAAAACAACUAGUUCACCAGCUCUACCUCAACCGAAUAACACUCACUCUGCAUUACAAAACAACUGUGAAUGUCCUAACCAAUCGUGUUCAAAUGAUCAUUUAGGCAAUUCAAGUUGUUUUGGUGAAAAGUUGAGAAGAGUAAAAGUCAAGCGUAAUGCAUCACGAACUAGCUGCAUUCAAGCACAACAGCAGUCACUUUCCCUACCAGUUUCUGGACAAGAUCAUAUAUCUAGUGAUCAUAAUGUAAAAUAUGACACAGUGAGACGUUUGUCUCGUCAAAAUAUUCUUACAGUAGAGGAGAGCAGCCGUCUGGAGAUUAUGGAAUCUCUAAAGAAACGUCUACAGGAUCAUAUUAAUAAUAUAUAUUCUCAAGUUAAUAAUGUCGAGACAAUGCUGACAUCAGUCUCAAGUGAUUUAUGCGUUUUGUUGCAUCAAUCAAGUUCUUUCCCACUAAAUUCGGAUGAACGCUUCUCUACCUCAGAUCUAGAAAGACGAACUACGUCUCUUAAAUUGGCCUUACUGGAGCAUCGUAAUGAUGCAAAGGAAUUUUACGAGACAUGUAUUGAAGCUUUACAAUAUUUAACUGGAGCAUAUGCUAGAUUUAAUCGUCAACUAGUUUUAGAACAAGAACGUUGUAUAACACUGGAGAGAACAGUUGAACAAUUAGCUAAAGAAUUACGCAAUUUAGAAAUUCAAUUAAGUGCACACCUACCGGCUAUGGUUCAAGGGAAGAAUAUAAAUGGAGUUAACAGUACAGCUGCUGCAACUCCACAAAGCCUACAUUCAUCUGAGAGAAUACUUGAUGAAGAAGGUGAUGAAUUCUUCGAUGCAACAUCCAUGCUUGACGCAAAACAAAAUGAUUCUCCAGUAUCUUUAGUUGAAAAUUCUCGUGAUCAUCGUGAUCGUGAUCAUCAUCAUCAUUAUAAUCAUCAUCCGUCUCGUCAUUCUCGUCAACUGCAUUCACCAGGAACUUUUACAAAUACCUCGCAUAGUUUAUCAAUACCAAAUAGCAGUGAAGUAUUCCAAGCCUCUUCAGCUAGCUUGAAUAGUCUAGUGAAUGUUGUCGACGAGUCAUCGAUAUCGGGUAGUGAUUUCGAUCUACCAAAUGGUUUUAUGAAUAGACCUAUUCGUGUGAAUAGUGAUCUUGAUAGCGGUGGUGGCAAUGAUUCUUUACAGUCCGAUGAUUGUCUUAACUUACGUAAUAAAAGCAUGUCGAUUCAUCAACGUAAUCAAACGCUGAAACGUGUCAAUCCCAAUGAAGGUGUAGUCCGUAAACGUCGAACUAGUAUACCUGUUUCACCAAAAAUUGCUUUAAAUUUAUGGGGUAUCAUUAAAAAUGCUAUUGGUAAAGAUUUGACAAAAAUUCCUAUUCCGGUUAACUUCAAUGAACCCUUAUCAUUCCUUCAGAGAGCUGUUGAAGACUUAACGUAUUCCUAUCUUCUGGAUCGUGCUUCACAGACAUCAGAUCCUGUAGAACAAAUAGCAUAUGUUGCAGCUUUUUCUGUUAGCUGUUAUAGUUCAACCGCUUAUCGAACUGGUAAACCUUUUAAUUCACUACUCGGUGAAACUUAUGAAUGUGAUCGUACUGAUGAUUUAGGUUGGCGUUGCAUUUUAGAACAAGUUAGUCAUCAUCCACCUGGAUGUAGUCAACACUGUGAAUCUCUUCGAUAUAAAUGGAAAAUUUGGCAAGAUUAUUUUUUAUCUACAAAAUUCCGUGGGAAAUAUUUAUCUAUCACACCUAAAGAAGGAACAGGUACAACUAAUCUUCAAUUCGCGGAUGGUUCUCAUUAUACAUGGACAAAAGUCACUACAGUUGUGCAUAAUUUAAUUGUUGGUACAAUAUGGAUUGAUAAUUGUGGUGACCUGAUUAUACAAAAUCAUAAAAAUGGUUAUACAUGCAGUCUGCAAUUUAUAGCACAUUCCUUUUUUAAUAGAGGACAGCCAAGACGAGUUACGGGUUUUGUAAAAAAUCCCUCCGAUAUACCAGUUGCAAUAGUUCAAGGAACAUGGGAUGAUCAUAUUGAAUAUCAACCUUUGUCAGUUGAUAAAGUCCCCAUUGGUGAGCCGACAUUAUUAUGGAAAUGUAAUCCACUACCUCCGAAUGCAUCAGAUAUGUAUCAUUUCUCACAAUUCGCUAUUGAAUUAAAUGAAAUGGAAGAGGGUGUUGCACCGACAGAUUCAAGGUUUAGACCUGAUCAACGUCUUAUGGAAGAAGGACUUUGGGAUCAAGCAAAUGAUGAGAAACGUCGUUUAGAAGUUAAACAACGAAAUAAACGACACGCUUGGGAAAAAGCAGUUCGAGAAGGUCUAACAAAUGAACCACUAUUCACACCGAUUUGGUUUGCUCCAAAACAUGAUUCCAAUGGUAAUGUAUAUCAUGUCUACUUGAACAACUAUUGGCAAGCUAAAGAGAAACAAGAUUGGUCAAAAUGUCCUGAUAUUUAUUAAGAAUAAAUAAAAUUCACAAUAUUUUCCCCAACGCGCAAACUAACUCACUCACUCAUCAGUUAGUUAGUUAGUUAGUUACCUUUUCAAAUGUCAUGUGUCAGCAUUCCACGACUUCAAUUUCUUCCAUCUUGAUGUCAAUAGAGUGAAGCAUGAUUAUCUCUUUCCUGAUCUUUGUACUCCUCCUCUGUUUUUUUAAUUCUUUUCGUUUUAUUCGACUGGCUAUUGUUUAUAUACACACGAACAUACACACAGACACUCCCUUUUUGAUUGUUACCUUUCCCUUUCUGACAUGUCUGGCUUCCUUAUUCUUCUUCGUCCUUUCCGCCCCCCGCCCCCCUCGGUCUUUGACUCCUUCUUUUUGAAUACACUUUUGACCUAUGCGUUAGUGUUAUUUCUUCUCUAAUUGUUCCACACUCGCUCCGUCCCAACCGUCGCCAUUUCCUAUCCGUUCAUUUAUUGGUCUGUAAUGUUUGUAAAGUGAAAACAAGACUAUUUUCUACCAGGGCUUUCAUCUCACAGGCAAAACAAACAAAAAACCCAGAAUAAAAUAGAACAGAGCAGAGCAGAACUAUUUCAAUUGAGUUGACAUAUAGAUACAAAAAUGUAUUUUGUAUUCGUUAACACAAAUGUUGUCAUUCAUUUAUUAUUAUUAUUAUUAGUAAUAGUGGUGUAGUGUGCUUUAGUUGUGGUUCCAUCCCGCCAACUGCAACUCAAACACACACACACAUACACGCAAUUCAAUUACACACAAAACUGUUUUCAAAAAAAAUCCAAACAAACAAAUUCUGUUUUUUUGUUUUUCGUUUGUUUUCUAUCAACAAUCAGAUUCUACUAUCACAUUUGUGUUAGUAGUAUAUUUUUGUAUUAGUUAGCGUAUAGAAUGAACUUUUAAUUUAUUUACACCACCACAACCACCACCUUCUUUUAGCAAAGAUCAGUUUUUAUGAUUAUUUUUCUGUUUGUCUUGUGUAAUAGCCAUGAAAGGAAUUGUCGCUAACACACGUACGAGAGAGACAGAUGGUUUGUGUGGCUGUGUAAGCCUUGAAAGAUGAUGUCAUACAGACUUUCAUUCUCUGCUCUAUUAACACAUUCAUCUAUGUGUACAUGUAUAUUUCCACUUUCAUAUAUAUAUAUAUGUUCACGCCCACUGGUGGUUUAAGAAGCCGCCGAAUAGAGAGAGAGAGAGAGCAGUCUUCAUCAAUAUGUUUCAAAGUUUUACUUUAUGUGCUUAACUUUUACCAGCGCGCCUCUUUGUUCUUUCGUGAUAUCUUCAGAUGAAUAUAAAUGGAAAAGGAGAGAAUUUGUUUGUACAGUUCUAAUGAUGAAGAAUACUGUGUGUGAAGAAGGUUUGUAACAACAUCCUUCUGACUUUUAAGCUGUUUUAUUAUUUUUUUUAAUGUUUUUGUUUUUGUCUGUAAAAUAACUUUUCAUUUUACGCGGGGGAAAAAUUCUCGAAUAGUAACAUUUAUUCUCUUAUCUACAGUUGUGUUUUUUUAAACUUGUAUAUUUUCUUUUGUUUAUAAUUUUAAACAAAACUGUUCAAUGUUUCAAUAGACAAAUAGAGACACAGAUAAUAAGUUUGCUUGCUCAAAAAGACAAUUGCAUAGAUUUAUGUGUGUGUGUAUGUAUGUAUGUGUAUAUACAUGUGGUUAUAGAUAAAUAUUCAGAAUUAUAGACUGAAUGGUAGAGAAAAUAUGGCGUUUCGUACGAUAUACUCACAGACACACAUACAAUGACUCACAUACUGUUUUAUUUCAUGGUCCUGUGGCUUGUCUACUCUUCUUGACACUUUCAUUAUUGUCUUUCUCUCUUGACUGUUUGUUAACGUGUGUUUAUUUUAUGCGUGUGUGUGAGAGAAAGCGCGCGCGAGUUGUGCGUAGCGCGGUAUUUUGUUCUAUUUAGCGUUUUAAACUAACAACAGCAACAAAAAUGAGUAUGGACUAGCAAACUUUCUGUCAAAGUUCAUUAUUUAUUUUUCUUUUUGUACUCGUGAUCUGAGUUAUUUGAACACUUCUCGUGUGUGUUUUUUUGUGUUGUUUCCCGUUUGCUCGCCUAAUUUCUGACUAUCCUUUUUUGGGGAAUUAUCUGUGUUAAAUUACAGAAAAGCUGGGAAGUGAAUGGUGGUGAAUAUUUAAUUUCUUAUAAAAAUACAACAUUGACUACUAACUAACUGGAUCUCCUUACUAUUUCUGCUUCCGACUGACUGACUAACUGACUGGUUUCAACAUAGGACAUAAGGAUUCGGAAAAAUGAUAACUGAGC